UGGCUGCUGCUGCUGUUGUUGUUGUUGUUGCUGCCGCUGCUGCUGGGGGAGUUCUUGCUUCUCCCGGAGUUGCUGGUGUCCAGGGAGUAGUUGGUGCCGGAGUUACUGCAGCAGGAUCCCGCUGAGGGAGCGGAGAGCGGAGAGCGGGCCUGGUCGGGGUCGAGGGAGCGGCGGAGAACCAAGCUCGGCCCGGGGACAGAGAGAGAGAGACUCGGCCGGGAGAGACGCCCACAGCCCGGGGCCCGGAGGCUUCAGGAGACCAGGUCGGGCCUACGGUCGGCGCCUCACCUCACCUCACCUCUAAGGAAACCCUGGGUGCAUAACCGGUUUCUAAUGGCGCAAGAAUCCAACGGCUUUAUAUGCAAUGGGGUGCAAUCCUCACCUGAUGAAAACGAGUUACCCUCUGGCUUCCCACAAAAUAUCUGUGACGAUGUACCGGAGGAGAAGUACCUGUGCAGCUUUUGUAAAAACGUCUUGAAGAAGGCAUACCAAACGUUGUGUGGCCAUCGAUACUGCUGGGCUUGUGUGGAGUGGAUCGUCAAAUACAAUACAAGUUCAGUCUGCCAAAAAUGUAAGGAAGAUGACCCACAGAGUGUAAAUGAAGAUAGCAUUUUGGCUUUGGGAAAGAUGUUCAGUGAUGCUGCAGUUUCCAAAGAGAUCUUGGAUUUGAAAGUGCAUUGCAUCAAUCCUGGUUGUAACUGGAAGAAUGUAAUGAAGAAUUAUGAGGAUCACGUAACUCAGUGUGAAUUUUCACUGAUACCCUGCAGUACAGGUUGUGGAUUGAUGGUUUUAAGAAAAAAACUGGCAGAUCACUUGGAAAAAGAAUGUAAAAAUAAUAUGACGGAAUGUCAGCAAUGUGAAGUGAAGAUGUUUAUGAGAGACUUACAGAAGCACGUGUGUGAGAAAGCACCUUCCAAAGAGAAAAAAUCUAUCCGGUUUGAUUUGGUCCACAAAGAAAAGUCUCGUUCACCUGGAGGGAACCGAUCACGUGACGGCUGCCGUUUUGUAGAAUUAGGCUGCAAUUUUAAGGGCAGCAAAGAACGUGUCAAGGAUCAUGAAAGUGGGUCAGUUGCCGCACAUCUUGCAUUAUUACUCCAGUUUGCCAAUACUCUGAACACCAGCCUGCACAGCUUUGGCGCUGCUGAUGAUGAAGAAGAUACAUCGGUGCUUGCUCUCCCUUCACUGAUCACUCAACUGCAGCUCAGAGUCCAAGAAAUCGAAAAGAAUGUACUGUCUCUGUCGUACAAAAAUUCAUUAUCCUCCCUACGCUCCCAGGUGGCUGUGGAAUCAAACGGUGAUUUAGAAACGGAUCAUUUUGAAGGAGCUUCUGGAUCCAGUAACAGCUCAGAUUCGCCGGCACCUCUGUAUUCUGGUCAAGCAUUGACGGGCUGUCAAAAUAAAAUUGAUGCUCUUGAAUGCAAAAUCCAGACAUUUGAAAACAUUGUGACCGUUUUGAACCGAGAGGUAGAAAAGACUCAUACCACUAUGGUUGCUUUUGAGAGACAAAACAAGAUUGACCAAGAUGCCAUUAAAGCUUUGGAACGCAGGGUUUCUGAUCAGCAACACCUAUUGGCUUUGAAGGAUAUGGUUAUCAAUGACUUCCGCAUACAGCUGCUCAAUUUGGAGCACAUUUCCUAUGAUGGAAUAUUGAUUUGGAAAAUUGGUGACGUCAAUAGAAAACGGCAGGAGGCCAUGUCAGGGCGAACGACAAGUCUUUACUCCCCAGCAUUCUACACCAGCAGAUAUGGCUACAAAGUGCGCAUGAGAAUAUAUUUAAACGGAGACGGGGCUGGUCGAGGAGGUCACAUCUCCUUGUUCUUUGUUAUCAUGAAGGGAGAAUAUGACGCCUUGCUUCAAUGGCCAUUUAAGCAGAAGGUUACGUUCAUGCUCUUGGACCAGAACAGUCGGGAACAUUUAAUUGAUGCAUUUCGUCCAGAUGCUAACUCGUCCUCAUUUCAACGACCAGUCAGUGAGAUGAAUAUUGCCAGUGGAUGCCCUAUGUUUUUACCAUUGUCCAAACUCGACGCUCCCAAGCAGGCCUACCUGAAAAAUGAUGCCAUAUUUAUCAAAUGCAUUGUAGAUGCUGCAAGUUAAUGGGGCAAGAGUUGAAAAGCUGCAGAAACGAGUUUGUAUUUUCAUUGCCUUGUCUUUCGCACUGAUGUUUUUACAAGUACCACAGAACAAUAAUUUUAUUUAAAAACAGAAAUAUCUGUGUGAAUGAUGUACUGCAUCAUCUAUUGUGAUUUUUAUUAAUAGAACAUUGGUAUCUGUAAAUAUAUAUUUUCAACUUUGGAAAUGUAAAAUUAAGAUGAUUGAAUUUCAUGAUUGUGAAUCAUUGCAUUGUGUGAGUGUUGCAAAUUUUUAGUGGUGCAUGUAAUAAUUUAUUUUACAGUAGUGUUCCCUGUGUUCCUGUUGUUUUGAGUAUGAAAUAUUGUUUGGUGAUUCCGUUUAUUUUGUGUAUGAAAUAUAUGCAAGAGGUCUUUGUCUCUUGGAUUGUGCCUUCUGCCAGUUGAGUUUGUCCCUUCGCCAAUGAGGAGCGUCUGCUGAAUAUCUGACUUUACUGACCGUCUCCGAUUACUGCUUUAUAAAGACUAUUUCUGUUAAACGGCUUGACAAGAGAAAUGGUGUGAACGUCAUUUGGGAAUUAAUAUGAAAAAUAAAUUUCCAUUUAUUGCAAAGAGAAAAUUAAGAUAAUUUUAAAA